AUGUUGAACAUCAGUGAUCUGCCUCUGCAGCUCCCACCCUCCAGGGCCUCAGACCGACUGCUCCAGCCUUUCUGGGAUUAUUUGCUUAUUCACCACCUGCCUCUCAUUUCAUCUCACUUUUUCCCAGUCCUACUUGCUUUUUCCAGCUAUUUCUUUUUCAGUAUACCUUUUGCUGUACUGGAUCUCCUGGGAGACAGGGUGCCUUUAUUGUAUCAGUACAAGAUCCAACCAGACAGGCAGCCAACACUGGGAAUGAUGGCUAGGAGCUUCUGCACAGCGUUGUAUAACCACGUCUUUUUUGUUCUCCCAGCUGUAGUAUUUGGCAUGUUCAUAUUGCCUGCACCAGUACUUCCACAGGAGGCUCCUACUGUGUAUGAGGUAUUCAUUGAUGGACUGGCUGUACUUCUCCUCUUUGACACUCAGUACUUUAUUUGGCACUUCAUACAUCACAAGCAUCCACAGCUUUACCGGUGGAUCCAUGCAGUUCACCAUGAAUACAUGGCACCUUUCUCCUGGUCGACCGAGCAGCUCAGCAUCCCAGAGCUGAUGAGCGUGGGACUGUGGAGCAACCAGGACCCUCUUCUUCUCAAGGUUCACCCACUGACCACAUGGUGCAUCACAGUUUUCAGCAUCUGGAUGUCUGUGGAGGACCACAUAGGCUACGAUCUGCCGUGGACCCUCAACCAUCUGGUGCCUUUCGGUCUGCUGGGCGGUGCGCCAGCUCAUGACAUGCACCACCAGAAACCGAGCACUAACUAUGCUCCUUUCUUCAGCCACUGGGACAUUAUCUUUGGCACCAACGUUCCUCUGAAGAAAAAAAACUGUAUGAAAAAACGGUAA